AUGGGCCGGAGAAAGAUCGAGAUCAAGGCGAUCAAGGAUGAUCGGAACCGCUCCGUCACGUUCCUGAAGCGCAAGGGUGGUCUGUUUAAGAAGGCCCAUGAGCUGUCAGUGCUCUGCUCCGUCGAUGUCGCCGUGUUCAUCUUUGGCAGCAACAAGAAGCUGUACGAGUACUCGUCCGGCGACAUGCGCGAUCUGAUCGCACGGUACACAUACCACGGUGGACCGAACGAGCACAAGGGUCCCUCGGACUUCAACGGUGGCGCGGACGACGGCUCGGACGACGAGGUCGACGGCUCCCCACCGAUGCAGCCGGAUGGGAUGGAUCCGCACAUGAUGGCGCAGCACUACCCAGGCCAGCCGCAGCAGUUUGCCCACCUCCGCCACCACACGCCAUCGGCCUCACCACCGAUCCCGAACGGGGUCACCUUUGCGUCCCACGCGUCGGCAACACAGGCGAUGCAGCGCGGCCACACGCCGCAACCGCCGCAGGGAAUCUCCCGGCCGGGCUCCCGCAACGACGUACACCGGGUGUCGCAGAACGGGCUGCAGGCUUCUCAGGGCCCGCCUCCAGGACAUUCGGCCAACGGAUAUGCCUACAUGCCGCACCCGUCCAUCUACAACCCGCAGGCGCAGCAGAAUGCGCCGCAGCCCAACAUGCAGCAGGUCGGACCGUCGUAUCCAUACGCGCCCCAGCAGCAGAACCACGGGCCGCCUUCUCAUCCACACAUGCAAUCGUACGUGGACGACCGGCCAUCUUCUCUUCCGCCCAGCUUCCCUCAGGUCACGCAAGCGCCAGGAUCGUCUCUGCCACCACCGCCCCUGCCACCGCAGAGACACUCGGUCUCUCCACCGCAAGCGCACUCGCAGCGGCUGCCCCAUCCGCCCCCUCGGGCGUCGCCUCGGCCGUCACAAUCGCUGCCACCACCACCGCAAAAUCAAGGGCAAGCGCAGGUGCAGCAUCCGUCCCAGAGUCCGCCUGAGUUCCAGCAGCCGCAGUCGCAGCCACAACCGCAGAUUCAGGAGCCCCAGCCACCAACGCCAGUGGACGUGAAGUCGGAUGCUGCAUCGGAUUGGCCGGAGGUGAAGAAGCUGCCACAGCGUAAGCAGUACAGCAUAUUCACGCCCAUUGACGAGAGCCGAUCGAUAUUGUCGCAGCACCUGGCCGCGUUCCACAGCGACUCGGUCAAGACGGAGCCUCAGCUGGAAUCACCUCCCAGCAAGAAGAUGGGCGGCAACGAGUCUGUUGACUCGGGCAAUGCAAGCCGGGGAAACAAGGCAGCGGCACAGACGGCGAAGAACGUGGACGGCAGCUCGGGGCAGCUGCCACAGCCAAAGGGACGGGGAUCGGUCUCAUCGGUGCCAGAAACUGUCUUUACGCCGCCGUCACGACAGAACAGCCUCCGGUCAGGCCCGUUGCGGCCUCGGUUGCGGGUUGAGAUCCCUCCGGACGGAUCGGAGGACAGUGGUGGGACAGGCACGGGAGGAUCGGCAUCGUCGCCGCGCAACGGAAGCGACACGGGGCCAUCCGGGAGUCGACGCAACGGCGACCAUGCCCAUGGAGGGAUGGUGCUCCCACCGCCGUCGCCAUCGGCGUCGUCUCUCCUGUCAGCCGGGGCUACGGGACCACCGAACCCGUUUGCUCGGCCGCCUCCUCACCAGGGCAACAAUGGGGGGUUGCAUGUGGACACGCCAGGAUCGGCGCUUCCGUCCCGGUUCCUCAACAACGAGCUUCUUCCGAGCCCAAACAGCUUCUAUCCGGACUGGGGCUUUGGGCGAAACGGCGACAGCGCGACCCUACCCAGCCCACUGAACUUUGCGACGCCGGUCGUGGGAACAGGGCCGAGCUUCCUUCGAGACGACCAUGUUCCGGCGAUCAACAAGAGAAAGAGCCCGGAAAUCGGGGCGAAUGCACCGUCGUCUGACUCUCUGGAGCACAACGAGGCCAAGAGAGUCAAGGUCGACUCGUAG